AUGAAUAAGGUUGACAUUUUAAUGCCUGAGCCCAUCUCUUUGAUGGAUGACGAGUCUCAAGUGCGCAAUUUGAAUCAGAUUUACAGUCUUCAAAGAUGCCAGGUUAGUGAUUGCACUAUAGUUAAUGGGGAAAACGGUACAAAGUUUGCAGUUUGGAAGAUAACAUUACUACUACAUCCCCAAGAUACUGCUUCACAACAGGUUUAUUACCCCCGAGUGGAAACGUUCAGACGUUACAGUGAUUUUUGUCAAUUAAGAGAGCAGUUGAUAAAACGUUGUAUCGAUGAGCAGAGACCCAACAUAGAUGUACCUGAGUUACCACCGGGUGUGAAAUGGUACGAUGUGUGGCGUUACCAAGAAAUCAAUUUGAACCGUAAGUGGUUGUCGAAGAGACGUCAAGGAUUAGAAUUCUUCCUAAACCACGUUCUCUUGAAUGGGGAACUGAUAUCACUAGCAAGAGACCUAGUGGUGAAAUUUCUAGAGCCACCACAAACGGACUAA